AUCAGAGGUCGGAUGGGAAAUAUUCUGCAUAUGCCCAAAUUAAUAUUUAAAUUAGGUUAAGUUGCGACGGCGGUUUUCAUUGGCUGCUAAAAGGAUACAUGGUGCUCUCAAACUCCCAUCAUCCAAUGCUGCAUCCUAUAGCGUCUAUCUUCCACAUUUCUUACCACUGCGAUAAAGAAAAAGCUAUAUUUUGUCGACAUUUUGAUAAUAUAUCCGAAUAGAUAUUGAGAGUCUGUGUAUAUAUAUAUUUCCUCUUUUAUACGGCAUCGUAUUUUUGAGACAAACUAGCAAGAAAACUACGACGAUAGCGUAUUUUUCUGUCUAAAUCUUUUGGUACCAAAACCAAAAUUAUUUCUGAAAAUAGAUUUGUAUAUAUUUGUAAAUAAUUGUUGUACAUAAAACGAGACAUAAAGUAGCCAGCUAAGUUUUUUAUUGAUACAGAAUAUAGUCCUUUUGACUGUUACGUCUUAGUGUUUUGUAUUUGCCUGCAGUUGAAGGAAUUUUGUAGUAUUUAAAUUUUUUAACAUAUUUGAUCGAUAUUGUUUCAUACUUAUAUUAUAGAAAUGUUUAACACUAACCUUAAUAAAGUUUUGAGAAGCGUUUUAAUUGCAGGGGAUUCCAACCUGAAGCAGCUUGUACCAAUGUUUGAAUACCCAGUUAGAACACUGUGCAUACCUGGUGCCAAAGUACAGAAUGACCGGAAAGAAUUCUAUUCCCAACUGAUGAGUGCCAUGAAGACAGAAAACCCGGACCAGAUUGUUCUGCAUCUAGGUUCGAAUGAUGUAUUUGGUGAUGUUGAAUCAACUUUGAGAUCUUAUAGAUUCCUGAUAGAGAAUUUGCUGCUGAAAUUUAAAUCGUUGCAAAUAGGUAUUUGUGGCAUACUUCCCCGUGCAGUAAACCACUAUGAGAGUAGUUAUUGGAACAUGUCAGCAUUGCCAAGACUGCAGAGAGAUGUCUUUAAGUUGAACGCUGGUAUACAGUCUUUAACUUGUGGUUACAGUAGAUGUUUUUUUAUUGAUUAUGCACAGCUCUUUAAACCUGCUGUUCAUCUUGGAAGGGACGGACUUCAUGUAAAUAGAAAUGGAGCUUUUAUUUUGAAGAUGACUAUAGAGAACUAUUUAGCAGAGAGACAAAAGUGUGUUACAUCCGUGACUGCAACCUUAUCUCAGGUACAGGUACCUGAUGUAGAAUCUUUGUCACCCAAGAUGACCUAUGCAGAAGUGGUGAGACUACCAGUACCUUCUUCUGAUACAGGAAAGAGACCUUUUGACACGGAUGCUGAACAUCAGAAUUCCUCAAGAACCCCUUCUAAGAGGAAGAGAUUGUCUUCAGCUGGGGCAAGAAGAUCAAAUAAUAAAAGAUCUCACAGAAAACCAAGAGGAACUUAUAAAACAGGAUACAGUUUAAAGAGGAAUGAAAUAGUCCUAGAUGUUACUGAGGAUCUGGCUGUUAUCUUGUCAUCCUCAGUCAUUCAUAGUUUCUAUCAGACUGACACGAAAAAGCAAUCUGUGGAAUCCUUACAAGUGAAGCAAUCAAAGAAAACAGCUGUGACUAAGAAAGAAAAAAAAGUAAUCUUGUUACAGUUUCUAUUCAGUUCAAAUAUUUACACCAAAUAA